ACGAGAGCCGCCUGCGUCGCCUGCGAACAGGAAGAGGAAGGCUCAUUUUUCUAUUUGUUUGUUUCCGUUAACCAUCGCUCUUGAAACAAUGGACCUACCAGACACUAUUCGAAGACGUUUGGAAGAUUUUUCUCGUAAUGUCUUUGUGGACCAGAGUCAGUCUCCCACUAAAGAGCGCCACACGUCGUCAACACACGACAGGCGCGUUCUGGCCAGUUUGCCUCUCCAGAUGUCUCUGUUCUUUAACAUCUGGUUCUUCCCCCUGUGGUGGAUCAGUGCGAUUGUCAUGCUGCACCUCAAAUAUUCUGCUUUGCCUGACUACUAUAAGUUCAUCCUUAUGACCAUCCUCAUCCUGAUGACUGUAAUUGAGGCCAUCAGACUUUAUCUUGGCUAUGUGGGGAAUCUGCGCGAAAAGGUGGCAGAGUUGGCUGGAUUUUGGCUGCUGAGCAUUUUGCUGCAGUUGCCACAAAUCCUAUUUCAGCUUUGCAAUGAAGCCAUUCUUGUACAGCCCCUGGAGAGAGCCAUUCACAUCGUUUUGGCACUUUUCAUCCUCACGCAGGCUGUUGCGGGUUUUGUGGCUCUCCGGGACUUGGUCAGACACACAGAAAGUCAAUUCCAUCUUCGCCAGUUUGAUUGAAACAUUUUUUCAACCACUUCACACACAUCAGAACAUAUCAAAACACCUCAAACUUCUCCAAGACUCUGUCAACACGAUGUCACGUCUUGAUUUUGUAAAAUGUAAAUAAUGGAUUUAUCAAGAGAAAGCAUAUUUAUUUUUUGUAUUUUGUCAGGAUAUUACACAAUUUUGUAAUAUGGUUUGUAAAUAAAAAAUAUGCAAUUUCUGUAUUAUUUGUAUACUGUUUGAUGUCGUGAUCAGUGAAUGUUAUCUUCGCCUGUAUUAUCUCAAUAUUACACAAAAAUUUUUGUAUAACGCCAGUUGUAGACAUUUAAGUCAAAUUGUCAAGUUAUGUUGGUAUAGGUUACAACACAGCAUAUAAAAUGAAUGACAUCAGCACCGGUGCAAUCCUGUUAACUAGAAGCUUUCAAAUGUUCCUUCAUGUUCAUUCAAAGAUGUUCCAUUGACUGGCCAGAAUGUCUGUAAUCCCAACAUCGUAGUAUAAAGUGCCGCAGGUCGGGAUGGUCUUGUGGCAACUGGCCUCUCUGGA